UAUAUUAUAACUAUGGGAGAGGAGUAGAAGACAUGGUGCUUAUUCCAGCAGGAAUUUACCAGGUCGGCACAGACGAUGUCAUUAUCGAAACUGAUAAUGAGGGUCCAAAAAGAAUGGUAGAGUUAAAAAGUUUCUAUUUGGACAAAUACGAAGUAUCAAACAGAGAAUUUAGCCGCUUUGUAGCAGCAACUAAUUACAAGACUGAGGCAGAGACUUUUGGUGAAAGUUUCGUAUUUCAGAUGUUUCUUAACAGUACUUUUAGGGAAACUUUAAAGAAUUACCGAGCUGUAGCAGCUCUUUGGUGGUACAGCGUAAAUGGUACUGAUUGGAUGCAUCCACACGGACCAGACUCAAAUAUAUCUGCAGAUCUGAUGGACCACCCAGUGGUGCAUGUGUCAUGGAGAGACGCCCUCACGUAUUGUGCAUGGCGUGAUGCCCGGUUGCCAACCGAGGCCGAAUGGGAGGGAGCUUGCCGUGGUGGCCUCUAUGACACUAUUUACCCUUGGGGAAAUAAACUAUUUCCAGAUAAAAAAUACAUGGCAAACAUAUGGCAAGGAACAUUUCCCAAUUACAAUUCAGCAAAAGAUGGGUAUAUAGGCACAAAUCCUGUGAUGAGUUUCCCACCAAAUGGUUUUGGUCUUUAUAAUAUGGUUGGCAAUGUUUGGGAGUGGACUGAGGAUCCUUGGCCAAACACAAAGUCUGAAGAAAAAGUGAAAAAAGGAGGUUCCUUUUUGUGCCACAUUUCUUACUGCUACCGGUAUAGAUGUUCGGCCCGUACUAAAAAUACGCUGGAUAGUUCUGCAGUGAAUCUCGGAUUCCGCUGUGCUAAGUCUUUAGAUUAGUAUAAUAAUUGACUUUCCACGAAAAACAACUACGUCUUUAAUAGUGUGAUAAAGUAACAUGCAUUAUAAUUUUGUACUUAAACUUUUUUACGAAUUAUUACAAUAAUUUAUCUGUUUUUAUGUAAAGUAAAAUUACUCAGUGAUAACGUUAGUUCUCAAGUACAAAAUAUGAUAGGUGGUCUGUCGAUUUAUUCUUCUAUUAGCUGAGUUGCAAGUAAACUUGCCAGUUAAAUAUUCGAUCGAGUAUGUAGCAAGUACUGUUCAAACAAAAUAAUACGAGUAUACGAGUUUAGUUAUAAGUUUUAGUCUAGAUGUCUUUCGUGUGUUAAACUAAAAUGGACUGAUUAUGGGUCGUCCACUUGCUUGGCAAGUAAAGUUGACGGGGUGCGG